AUGGCGGCCAGCACCAAUGUGUUUAAGCGUUUACCGACAUGCGUCUUACCAGAAAAGUAUCAUGUAGAUUAUGUGCUCAUUGACCUGCUUCAAUUCCGCUUUGAAGGCUCUGAGCGCGUCAUACUACAAGUAAACGAAGAAACAUGUGUCAUUACCUGUCACGCUGUAGAGCUCUACGUGUUUGACGUUUCAGUAGAGGAUGCCACGUCUUUAUGGAAGAAACAACAAGCUCAACAAAUAGAGUAUCGGAUUAAGGACGACUCUGUAUCGUUUCACUUUGCCAAGCCACUGGCUGCAGGCUCCAAAGUGACACUCCAUCUCAAGUUUCAUGGCUUUUUAAAUGACCAGUUGAGAGGAUUCUACCGCACCGAGUAUGAGAAUGAAGAAGAGAGACGUGUACUUGCAGUCACGCAGUUUGAAGCGUGUGAUGCUCGUCGUGCCUUUGUAUGUUGGGAUGAACCAGCACUUAAAGCUACGUUUGAGAUCUCAAUGGUUACGGAGACAGACCUUGUCGCACUGUCGAAUACUCACGUUGUGGAGACCCUUGUGAGACCAAAGAAGAAUGCGCAUAUUCGCAAGAAAACGCGCUCAGGUGUUCGCGGUACAAUGGAAAAAGUCUGGAAGUUUGCAGAAUCUCCAGUCAUGUCGACGUAUCUGGUGGCGAUGGUAGUGGGAGAGUUUGACAUGAUCUCUGAUCUGACCAAGGAAGGGGUAGUGGUGAAUGUAUACACGGCGCCAGGACAAAGUGCGCGAGGACGCUUUGCACUCGGUGUGGCAACCAAGGCUUUAUCGUUUUUUACGAAAAGUUUCGGCAUUCCGUAUCCACUGAAAAAGCUGGACAUGGUGGCCAUCCCAGACUUUUUGGGUGCUAUGGAGAACUGGGGGCUUGUGACGUACACGGAGACGUUCUUACUGGUCGACCGGAAACUUAGUAGUCAUGAGAUUAAGGCCGACGCUGCACGCACUGUUUGUCACGAGCUGUCGCAUCAGUGGUUUGGUAACCUUGUAACAAUGGACUGGUGGACAGGCCUCUGGCUCAAUGAGGGCUUCGCCCAGUUCAUGGAAUUCGAUGCUGCAGACCAUAUUUUUCCGGAGUGGAAGCUAUGGGAGACUUUUGUGCAAGAUGUCAUGCUUGGGUCGGCGUUCGUGAAGGAUGCCAUGGUGUCUUCGCACCCAAUCGAGAUGAUAGUGAACCACCCUAAUGAGGUAGAUGAAAUCUUUGAUGCUAUUUCGUACCACAAAGGAUCAAGUGUGGUGCGCAUGCUAUCGGAAUAUCUCAGCCGUGACGUUUUUUAUCGCGGGGUGCAUGACUACCUUGUGAAGUAUAGCUACAAAAACACCGUGACAGAGAAUUUGUGGGAGGAACUCGAGAAAGCAUCAGGCGAAAAGUUGAAAGACAUGGCAAAUUCAUGGACUAAGCAGGUGGGCUUUCCGUUGGUUACGGUGACGGAGAAUGCUGAUGGUACAUGCACACUCGUUCAGGAGCGUUUCUUCGCGGACACGAGCAUGAACAGCACUGACAAUACGGUCUGGGAUAUCCCACUGACGCUUUGCGCAUCGGACAACCCCAACGCUGUUAAGCGCCUUGGGAUUUGGAACGCUAAGACGUCGUCUCUACAGACUUUGACGACAACCACAACGCCGCUAGCAGCUGGUGAUGAUAUUAACAAGCAAAUCCAAGUACCACCAGGGCUUAACGGCUGGAUCAAGCUGAACCCUCGCCAGGCAAGCUACUACCUCGUGAACUAUUCUCCGGCUUUGUGGAAUCGUCUCAAAAUUCCUGUGAAGGAACAACUUCUUGGUGUCCCAGAUCGUGUAAGCCUCUUAAACUCCGUGUUUGCGUUUGCUCGGGCUGGUGUGCUGAGCUUGCCCGUUGCUUUGGACUUUACAAACGCAUAUGUUGACGAAUCUGCUUCCCUGUGUUGGAAAGAGAUUUCGCGCAACAUGGGAUAUUACUCUAAUUUGUUUCGUGAAGAACCAUUUUACCCUGAGUUUCAGCAGUAUAUUCGCACUUUGUUUGCACACGUGAUGAGGCGAUUGGGUUGGGAUGCUGACUUGUCUACGCAAGUUGACGCUGAUGAGGGUGAGUUUCGUAAGACAGUCAUCUACCGGUUGGGUCUUGCCAAUGACCAAGAUGUGAUCAGGGAAGCAAGGAAACGCUUCCACGAGUAUAUUGGUGGCAAUCCGGCUGCACUUUCCGGCGACCUCCGUGGUUCUGUUUUUAACAUUGAAGUUACAUACGGGGACGCGUCCACUGCCAAACUGCUGCAGGACUUGCACAACAAGAGUGACUUUGCUGAGGAACAUAAUGACUGCCUCAGCGCUAUGGGAUCAGUAGCUGGUGCAGCCUCAAAACUUCAAGUCUUAGAAUGGGCAGUGGAGAAUGUUCGAUCCCAGAACAUUCAUUACCCAUUUAUCAGUGUAGCUUGUGACAAGAUUGGAGUCCAAGUGGCGUGGCAUAAAGCGAUGGCUGCAGAGGUGGAAGCCUUCAUGGUUGGCAAGGACACAUCGGGGUACAAGCGUCGUAUGGAUGUCGCUAUAGAAGAAGUUCAUCUCAAGAAUGCUGCGUUUUGCCGCGGCCGUGAGGCCUUGGAAAAGUGGCUGAAGGAGCGUCUUCUGUCCGCAGCUCUAUCCUUGACAUCGGCCGUACCACAAGACGCACCAGAUAUUGCAGUGAAAGGAUCGGACUCGUCGACAUUGUCAUCAUUACCAAUUCCAAGAAUCUACCUCCUUGUAACAACGCAACUAGACUAUCAGGUCAGCAGACUACAUUACAAAGGUUCAAAUAAGUUCAUCUGGAAGUGA